AUGGCCAUGGUGGCCACUCGAACGCCGGACCUUUCCCUAAAUCCGGCGACGCUGCGGCGCUCGGUGCGACGGCGUCGCCUCACAGUCAAGGCCAAGCUGAGUUUGGUGGCCAAGAAGUCGAAACGCAUUCGCAAGAUCAAACCGACCGUUCCAGAUGUGAUCACCCAACUGGAGGCGCCCCGAGCGGACGGAGCGGAGGUGCGGAUCCCCAGCCUCGACUUCGAAACGUAGGUGUUGCAAAUGGGCCCUUAGGGCAAAUGGGAGGGAAAUGGGAUUUUUGGAGCUCAAAAUGGGUUGAGAUUCAUGUGGUGGAUGGGUAUUUUUUGGAAUUUGGUCAUGGGAAAAUGCAUGGGAAAUUUGGAAAUCUCAAAUAAUCCGUCAUCAUGACACAUUUUUGACUAUUUUUUAGACAAUUUUUGUUACGAAUUUUAAUUUUUCGUGAAAAAUAAGUGAUUUCCAGAAUUUUUGAACCAAUUUCCAUCUUGAAUUGUCUGAUUUUCCGUCAUCAUGACGGAUUUUUCGGACCUUUUUUCAAUUUUCUUUUUCACCGCACUGUGCAAGAAAUUUUUGAAAUUCUGCACGGUGCAGCUUCCUUUCAAUUUCACAGUGCGGAAAAAUUCAGCGACGAGUUUUGUUCGCACUGUGCAAAGUGACUUUUGUUGAUUGCACAGGGCAAGUUCCAGCCAACUAACUGCACGGUGCGGAAAAAUCCGGCGACAAUUUGUCGCGGCGACAAGAUUCUUGCACAGUGCAAAGCGACUUUUUGUUGAUUGCACAGUGCAAAAAAAAAAACAAAAAAUUAUUUUCGCACAGUGCAGUGGAGUUUUCUUCUGACUGCACAGUGCGGAAAAAUACGGCGACAAUUUGUCGCGGCGACAACGUUUUUGCACAGUGCAAAGUCACUUUUGUUGAUUGCACCGUGCGAUGGAAAAAUUCAGCGACGAUUUGUCGCUGCGACAAGAUUUUUGCACUGUGCAAGCUGAGACCUUUAUUGAUUGCACCGUGCGAUGAGCAGAACUUCUCUUUUGCACCGUGCGAAAUGAAAUUUGUCGCGGCGACAACAUUCUUGCACUGUGCAAUGCGACUCUUUGUUGAUGCACAGUGCGAAAAAUAAAAAAAAUUUGCACAGUGCAAAAAAAUUUUUUUUGCAAAAAUGAAAAAAAAAUCCGUAUUUUAGGUUGCACAUUCUCCGGAAUCUCCCCAUGUACUCGGAAAACCUCCGAAUACAACACCCCGCAUUGCCAUUGAAGCCGAUGGGUUCGCCGGAAUUCUCGCUGGUCCUGGAUCUGGACGAAACGCUCGUCCAUUGCAGUCUGGUCGAUCUGCCCGACGCUCAAAUGAGGUUUGAGGUAAAGAAGACAAUUUUUUUCUUUCAAAAUCUUACCGUAUUUCGUCAUCAUUUGCAAUCUAACCCAAUUUAAAAAAAAAUCUCGCUUUUUUUGUAAAAAUGACGUCAUUUUGGUGUUAAAAUUUAAAAUACGCAUUGAAAAUCUGUCUUGCAAUGUUUAGCAUGGCCCUGUCGGCUCAAAUCUUACUGCAUUUUCUAGAUUUAUUCCUUUGAAUUUCAAAUCUCUCUCAAUUUCAUCGAAAAAUUGCGAUUUUCUAGCGAAAAUCGUAAAAUUUCAUUCGAAAAAUUGUAAAAUACGUACCAGGAAUACUCGACUGUAUUCUGUGUUACUUUUACUAUAAAAAUCUUACUGUAUUUUCAAUAUUUAUCCUCUUGAAUUUCAAAUUUCUCUCAAUUUCAUCGAAAAAUUUCAAUUUUUUGCGAAAAUGCUAAAAUUUCGUUCGGAAAAUUGUAAAAUACGAACGAAGAAGUUGCUCUUCCGUAUCCUCUGUUACUUUUACUAUAAAAUUCUAACGGUAUUUUAUACAUUUAUUCCUUUAAAUUUCGAAAUUCUUUCAAUUUCAUCGAAGAAUCCCAAUUUUUUUGCAAAAAUGCUAAAAUCUCAUUCGAAAAUUUGUAAAAUACGAACCAGGACAAAAUUCGUCCGUAUCCUCUGUUACUUUUACUUUAAAAAUCUUACUGUAUUUUCUACAUUUAUUCCUUUGAAUUUCAAAUUUCUCUCAAUUUCAUUUUCAUCGAAAAAUCCCAAUUUUCUUAAGAAAAUCGUAAAAUUUCAUUUGCAAAAUUGUAAAAUACGAAUCAGGGAAAAUCGACUGUAUUCUCUGUUACUUUUACUAUAAAAAUCGUACUGUAUUUUCUACAAAAAUUGUAAAAUACGUACCAGGAAAGGAAUCGUUCUCGCUUUUACCAUCUAAUACUGUAUUUUUUUACAAAUUCCAUGGAAUUUGCAAUUUUUGAUCAAUUUCGUCCAAAAAUAAGGAUAUUUAACAAGGAAAGUACUUCUAUGGGGUGUGGAAUUACCGGUCGAGAUAUAUAUCAAAAAAUUCGCAAAAAUUUUCUGAUUCAGAAUAUAUAUAAAUUAGCUGCCUAAUUUUGGUCUGAUGACAUGUUUUUGUCCUCAGAAGUUUUCUCGCGACACCAUGCAAGUGUCUUUUUGACCGUGUUUUUAACAAUAAAAAAAAUUUGUUUUAUGCUAAACUAAAUUCUGAGGCCAUGACAAGCCUUAAAAUAUCAAAUUGGAUUACAACUACACCUUAAGAGUAGUUCCAAUGUAAAAAAUGGGUUCUAGUGUGGCAAAAAGAACCGAACCCGUUUCCCUCGGAUUUCCAACCCAGCGCUCUAACCACUCGGCCACACCGCUCUCUUCCGAAGGAAGAGACCGAGCGCGCUUUUGUUGCCGCAGAUUUUUUUCCUCGAGAAAAACAUUUAUUGAAAAAACUCGCUGCACAUCAAAACGUUUUACAUUCUACGAAAAUUUAGAAAUCCGAAUGGAUAAGAUUGUUUGUUAUGGUCAUAAAACAAACUUUUGUUCAGGAAGUUUUCUUGAAAGUUCAUCUCCGCUGUGGAGUAGCGCAAAACAUGAACUUAGCGAAAAAUCGGGGGUUUUUCGUACUUUAAAGGGCAAAAGGCCAGUUAAACCACCCAGUUUUUUUAAAAAUCAUGUUCCAAACUAUGAAAGGCACUUAUAUGGUCAUUUGCGAAUAAUUUUCCGUCCCGCCCUGUAGACCAACAAGGUCAAAGUUCAUGAAAUUCAAUAAACUUAUUUUAAUUGAAAUAACCAAUGUAAAUCAACAAGUUUUAACGCAUUUUCUCAAUUAUAGUAAAUUUUACCUUAUUUUAAUUUACUUUCAUCGUUAUACAAGACAUUACCAUUGAGCGUUUGGGCGGCGAACUCUAGGAACUCUGGACUCUUUCUCUUGACAUUCUGUCCGGUCAUGUUAUCUGGUCCGGUUUUUAAUGCUGAUCACGAUGGGGUUGGUUUCGAAUCCCGAAAUUUGAACUUUGACGCCCUUAGGGCGUUUUUUCAAAUUUUUGAAAAUCCGGGGGAAAUUUUCCGGAUUCGAUUUUCGCCCUGAAGCCGUAAGCAUAGACGGCUGAAAUUUGGCCUGAUUAUGGCCAGGCAAAAUACCCCGAGCCGUAUUUUUCAGAUUUUUGAAUUUCGCUCUAGUUUCCGAGAAAUUCGACAUACCGUGCAAAAAUUUUGAAACCCCGAAAACUUUAAAUCGCGUAGUGCGUUCGUAUAUUUGUCGUAUUUUAGAAAUAGAAUACCCACUGUAGGGUAGUUUUGCAUGCUGAAUGCUAUGGCACACGCAAAAAUUCGAAAAUUUUGAAGUCUGUGCCCUGAGGGCCGAUUUUUCGAAAAAAAAGUGCCAAAUGGACCAAAAUGCAACUUUUUGAGAAUCCCACCGUAGCUCAGAAGCCGAAAAAAAUUCAGAAGAUACUACAUCAAAUUUCGGAGCGAACUGCAUGCCGAAUUUUUGAAUUUUGACCUAGGUUAAAUUUUUUGAUAUUAAACAUGGCACCAAAAAUUUCAAAAAAUCUCGAAAUGAUAAAAUACAAAAUGCGAUAGAGAGAAGCGAAACGUGGUUCUAGAGCAAGUCAGGGACGCUGAUUCAGAAUUCGUUCUCAGAGUCCAGAAAUUCCGUCAUCUUGAUGGCGAAAAUUGAAAAAUUCUGAAAAGUGCGCUGAGCUGAAAAAUCGAAAACCUCUGUACUGUAGCGGGUUAAGGUCUCUGUUCUUCCGCAAGACUUCCCGACUAUUCUGGAUCUAUUUUUUGGACCUUUGCAUGCUUCAAAACAGUUUUAAUGCAACAAAAAAGUCUAAAAAUAGGUGAAAAACCCGCAAAAUUAAAAAAUCGAUAAAACUUUUUGCUGUCGAAAAAUUUGGAGGCCGUAGAAAAAUAUAAUACUCUACUUACCACGCUCUACAAUCUUAUCCAUUCGCUUUUUACUAAUUUCGUAGCAUUUUUUUGUAAAACCUUGUAGAAGUUUACAAACCUGUUCCACUCCAACCCUAAAAAAUCCCGAAACACAAAAAUUCUACGUACCCAGAAGGAAUCAAAAAAUAGAAUACUGUUCUGACUUUCUUAUUCACGCAAAUACGACCCAAAACAAUUACGUUUUCACGGAGUAAUUAAUUGAAGAAGAAACUAAAUUUAUUUUCGCUUUUUUGGCAACUUUGGCAUUGUGUUGCAGUUUUGAUGUGCGCUGAUAGACCAAAAUUAGGCAGCUAAUUUAUAUAUAUUCUGAAUCAGAAAAUUUUUGCGAAUUUUUUGAUAUAUAUCUCGACCGGUAAUUCCACACCCCAUAGAAGUACUUUCCUUGUAAGGAAAACUACAACUUUUUUUAAAAUUGUAAAAUACGUAUUAGGAAAUUGUUACCGAUUUCAUCCAAAAAUAUUGAUAUUAAAAAAAUUAAAACUUUUUUUUUUAAUUUUAAAAUACGAACCAGGAAAUUGUGACCGAUUUCAUACAAAAAUAAUGAUAUUAAAAAAAUUAAUUUUUUUUAAAAUUUUAAAAUACGAACCAGGAUGAAGGAUCAAUUUCAUAUCAUUAUUUUUGGAUAUUUCGUCCAAAAAUAAUGAUGUUUUGGGCAAAAAUAAUUUUUUUUAAAUUGUAAAAUACCAACCAGGGAUUGUGAUCAAUUUAAUCCAAAAAUAAUGAUAUUUAAGGAAAAAAUAAUUUGUUUAAAUUGUAAAAUACGUACCAGGAAUUAAGGAUCGAAUUCAUAUAAAAUAAUGAUGUUAAAAAAAUUAAAACUUUUUUUUAAUUGUAAAAUACGAACCAGGAAGUAAUGAUCAAUUUAAUACAAAAAUAAUCAUAUUUUGAACCAAAAUUAAUUUGUUUUAGAAUUGUAAAAUACGAACCAGGAUGUAAGAUCAAUUUCAUCUAAAAAUAAUGAUAUUUAAAAAAAAUUAAACUUUUUUUAAACAAAAAAUAAAACUUUUUUUUUAAAAUUGUAAAAUACGAACCAGGAAAAUUUCGAGUGUAUUUUCUGUUACUUUUACCAUACAUUUCACGCUGCAUUUUCCACAAUCUUUCAUGAAAUUCGCCAUUUUUGCCAAUUUUUUUCCAAAAAUUAUGAUUUUUUUGGGCAGAAAUGGUAAUUUUUCUUUCUAAAAUUGUAAAAUACGUUCCGAAAAAGGUAUCCCUUAAAAAUUCUCCAUGUUUUUCUCCAUAUAAUUCAUCCUGUACUUUCCACACUUUUCGUUUAAUUUUUGUUUUUUCGCAAUUUUAUCCAAAAUUUUUAUCCAAAAAGAAAAAAAAGAUGAUAUUUGGGGGAAAAAAUCAAAAAUUUCUUCUGGAAUUGUAAAAUACGUUGCACUCCGGGUCUGGUAAAAACCAAAAAAUUAAAUGGAUAAAUGUGGGAAUACCGUAUGAAUUAGGUGAAGAAAGGCAUGAAGAAUUAUUACAGAAUACCUUUCAAUGUCGUAUUUUACGUUUUCAGAAGGAAGUUUUGAUUUUUUUGCCGCAAUUUUUUUCCAAAAAAGAUGAUAUUUGGGCGAAAAAAUCAAAAUUUUCUUCUGAAAAUGUAAAAUACGAUAUUGAAAGGUAUCUUGUAAUAAUUCUCCAUGUCUUUCUCUGCCAAAUUCACACUGUGUUUUCCACAUUUAUCCGUUUAAUUUUUGAUUUUUCACAAUUUUUUCCAAAAAAAGAUGAUAUUUGGGCGAAAAAUUAAAAAUUUUCUUCUGAAAAUGUAAAAUACGGCAUUUUGAAUUGUGUCUAGAUAUUUCCCCAUGCUUUUCUCUACGAAAUUCAUACGGCAUUUCCACAUUUUUUCAUUUAAUUUUUUGUUUUUUUCGCAGUUUUUUCCAAAAAACGUGAUAUUUGGGCGAAAAAUUCAAAAUUCCUUCUGAAAUUGUAAAAUACGGCCGCCAGACUCAUGUCUAAAUAAUUCUCCAUGCUUUUCUCCACCUAAUUCAUCCUGUACUUUCCUAAUUUCCCCCCAUUCUCAGGUCGAAUUCGAAGAAAACAACUGCCGAGGGACGCUGGAAGUGUCGGUUCGAAUUCGGCCGUUCCUCUUCGAAUUCCUGGCGCGGAUGUCGCAAUACUUCGAAAUUAUCCUCUUCACGGCCAGCAAGAAAGUGUACGCGAACAAGCUGGCGGACCUGUUGGACCCUGAGGGCAAAUUCUUCCAUCAUCGCCUGUUCCGCGAGCACUGCGUGUACGCGUUCGGCACCUACGUGAAAGACCUGAAUGUGCUCGGAAGGGACGUGAACAAGACCAUCAUCAUCGACAACAGCCCGCAAUCCUUCGCCUACCAUGUGGACAACGGGAUCCCCAUCGAAAGUUGGUUCGUGGAAAAAGAGGACCAAGAGCUCGCCAAAUUGGUCCCGUUCUUGGAGAAAAUACAUCUGGAAAAGGUGGGAAAUAACCUCAUAUUACAGUAAAGACCAUACGAAAUUAUUUAAAAUCCAUUUAAACAUCGAAUUUAAGCCAGAUUUGGUAGAAAAUCAAGAUUUUUCAUGAAAAAUCAUCGAAAUUUGCGUAUUUCAGGCUAAAAAUUGUAAAAACGAUAAAAAUUGUGAAUGUUUUUGGGUUUUUAUUGUAAAAUACGCCGUCAAAAACUCUUCGGCUUCUAAAAUGCACAAUUUUUAAUUGAGAUUCGGCUUAAAAAUAAGUUUUUUUUUUGAAAAAUCAUCAAAAAUUGAUAUUUUUGGCGAAAAUGCUGACAAAAUUUUGAUUUGUAUAAUUUCUUGAACUUAUACUGGAAAAUAUUUUAUCUAAAACAAUAAAACUUUGAUUUGCAAAGCGAUAGUAUACCAAAAAGCAUGAAAAAUCAAGUUUUUAGGCAAAAAAUUGUUAAAAAUAAUGAUAUUUUUGAAAUUUUUUAAAAUUUUUGUAAAAUACGAAAUUCUUAAAGGUGUUGCUGAUUAAAAAAAGAAAAAAAAUGUUCUUGGAGAUAUUGUAAAACCAAAAUCUCGAAAAAAUUUGACGAAAAUCCACCAAAUUUUGCGUAUUUUAGCCUGCCGACGUGCGCCCUCUGAUCCGCGAAAGGUACGGGCUCAGCGAGCUGAUCGACGCCCUCCCCCCACCCGCACAGCCCGAUUACACAGUCCAUCACAUAACCUCAGCCUAG